CCCCUGGCCACACCCUCCGCCUGGACGCCGCCACCACCGCCGCUGCCCUCGCCGCACGAGGCUGCUGGCUCGGGACCCCCAGCUCUGAAGGUCCGUCGGGGGCCAGCUGGUCAGUGCUUCUCUGCCUCAGGGCUGGCCCUGUGCAGUGGCUGCUCCUGGAAGCCUGGUUUAGUCGGAUGCUUCUUGUUUUCUUUGGGGACCUGGAGAGGAAGAGACAGAGUGACUGCUGGGGACUCCCACUUCUGAGACCCUCCCCCUGGCUUCCGUCUGUCCCCACAGCCAGUGGUCAGCCCCGGCAGGUGUCCUUGAAGCCAGAGGUGCCUGCUCAGGAUGUCGCCCUCUGAUUGCCUGUGUCUCAUCAUCACUGGCCUGAUUCUCCCAGGACUGACAUUGGAGGCCACAAACAUUUCUCUACCAGGUUCAACUACUGAGAACAUUCAUGUCCUGACUCCAGCCCCAGACACAGUCCACCCAGAACUCCAGCCCACCCCUCAGACUUCAACCCUGCAGGCUGAUGACGCGACACCCAACCAGAUGGAGACCCAGACCCAGCAACCUACAGGAAUGGAUGUGCUUCUAACAACAGAUCUGGGGGCGGAUGAGAGCAGGACGCAAGUGGUGUCUCUUGUUUCCCUCCAUGGCUCACUCCUGCUCGCUCUCAUCUUCUGGCCAUUCUCCCUGCUGAUCCCAUCCGAGGCCCCACACCCGCCAAGACACAAGGUCCCACACCCGCCAAGACACAGGGUCCCACACCUGCCAAGACGCGGGGUCCCACACUCGCCAAGACGAGAGCCCCAAGCAAAGACGUCAGGAGGGACUCCGUCCUCGAACCGAAUGGUGCGAGUGAGGACGACCCCUUCUCUUAUGACGAGGACUCCCUCCGGAAACGGGGGCUGUUGGUGGCAGCCGUGCUCUUCAUCACAGGCAUCGUCAUCCUCACCAGUGGCAAAUGUAGGCAGUUGCCCCGACUAUGCCGGAAUCACGGCAGGUGAGUCCAUCGGAAGUGGGGGCUGAAGACCCGACGGGCACCCCGAGACAGCUCCCAGCAGCUCACCAUGCCUGGCCUCCUCCCUCCCCUCACAGAACCUACAGAAUAGUCAGUAAGGCCCAGCCCGAGAGGGAAGACGUGGAUGGAGCCAGGGCGUCCUGAGGCCUCUACUCUCCCAGCUCUGCCUACCCUGCCUGGAUCCCAGGCCUUGAUGCCCAAGUUACCACUUCUGUUCAGACAAGAAGUAAAGCACUGUGGUCUUUGCCCCA